UUUUUAUGAUGAGAGAGCGAAACUAUUUUCAAGGAAAUUCACACUAAGUAAAAAAAGAAGAUAAAAUUUCAGAUUUAAAAUGAUCAAAUUAUUUAUUCUCCUAGCUAUUGGCUGCUACACCAAUUCUGAACAAUUUCAUUCCUUCUCGUCCUUAGAUAUUAACGGAAAUAAGUUAAAGUUGGAAGAUCUUGCGGGAAAGGUAGUUCUGAUAGUAAAUGUAGCAAGUGAAUGCGGGUACACAGAUUCACACUAUACAGCACUACAACAACUAUAUCAGCUACUCAAACCUACAGGGUAUCCCUGCAACCAGUUUGGAGCUCAGGAGCCAGGGUCCAGGCACCAGAUAAAGGAGUUUAUUAAACAGUAUUCUGUAUCAUUCAAUAUAAUGGAUAAGGUUGAAGUAGUUGGAAAGAACGCUGACCCAGUUUGGAAAUAUCUGGUUCAAUCCUCAGGUAUGAGCCCGAAGUGGAACUUCUACAAGUAUCUUGUGGGAGGUGAGGGUGAGGUACUCCAGGUCUGGGGACCUGAUGUGCCUGUACAUGAUAUCCUUGAUGUAGUUCAAGCUGCUGUAGAUCAUCUAGACCAACCUCAGGUACAGAUGGAAAGACCGCUAAGCGCUGAAGAAAUUGCACACGAUGAACUCUGAAAAUCCACGAAAUAAAAUGGAAGCAGAGCACAAAAGCGUAUUGUACCAAAUCUUACUUGAAUUAGAAUGCUUUUACAAUUUUAACAGAUCUGCGAUAUAUUAUACUGGUUAAUGUAAUUAUUUGUCUUUAUAUAAGGUUUUUAUAAUAAAAAGUGUGUAAACUUA